AAUACUAUUCUGUGAUCUGUUAUUUCAAGAUGCUGACCAGUGACUCUUUAGAAAGCCCUCCUCCACCUUGGCUUUGGUUUAAAUGGCUCUUAUUCACAGAAUUGUGAAUAAACAUGUCUAUUUCUGUUGUAGAUCAGGAACCAGAGGCUGAUGGUUGAACUGAUGAUUUAGAGAGGAUUGUGAGCUUUCCUGUGGAUGAUUUAGAGAGGAUUGUGAGCUUUUCUGUGGUACAAAGUGAUGGGCCCUCAAGUCCGGGAAAUAAUGGUUCUCUUUGUGAGAAAAUCGGCUUGGAAAGUACAGGGCCUCAAGGGCAUUCAGGAGAGUCAGAAGUCCCAACAGCAGGUCUCUCCAGGCCAUGGAAAGCAAGGGCUUCCGCCGCGGGAGUUUCCAGAGCAGCACCAGCGAUGAAGACCUGGUGGAGGUCGGCGGAGGAACGCUGGACUUCUCCAUCGCAGAUGAUGUCCCUCCUUUGGACCGGGAGAUGGCCGAAGGUUUCUCUUCCUACAAUGGAGGUGGGAUGAACGGAGCUAGCAAGAUGAUGGAUUUCCUAGAGGAGCCGGUCCCAGGCGUGGGGACCUAUGAGGACUUCAACACCAUCGACUGGGUGCGAGAGAAGUCUCGCGACCGAGACCGGCACCGAGAGAUCACCAGCAGAAGCAAGGAGUCCACCUGGGCCCUGAUCCACAGCGUGAGCGACGCCUUCUCUGGCUGGCUGCUGAUGCUGCUAAUAGGACUGUCAGCAGGGGCCCUGGCCGGCCUGAUUGACAUCUCUGCCCACUGGAUGACCGACCUGAAGGAAGGCGUGUGCCUGAACCGUUUCUGGUACAACCACGAACAUUGCUGCUGGAACUCAACCAAGGUCACCUUCCAGAACCGGGACAAAUGCCCUGAAUGGAGGACCUGGGCCCAGCUCCUGACCGGCCGAGAAGAAGGGGGAGCAGUGGCUUACAUCCUCAACUACUUCCUCUACGUCCUCUGGGCGCUACUCUUCUCUCUCCUGGCCGUGCUGCUUGUCCGGGGCUUUGCACCUUACGCCUGUGGCUCGGGGAUCCCAGAGAUCAAGACCAUUCUGAGUGGUUUCAUCAUCCGGGGCUACCUGGGCAAGUGGACGCUGGUCAUCAAGACGGUCACGCUGGUGCUGGCCGUCUCCUCGGGGCUGAGCCUGGGCAAGGAGGGGCCCUUGGUCCAUGUUGCCUGCUGCUGCGGGAACAUCCUCUGCCACCUCUUCACCAAGUACCGCAAGAAUGAGGCCAAGCGCCGAGAGGUCUUAUCGGCGGCGGCUGCUGCAGGGGUCUCUGUGGCCUUUGGGGCUCCCAUUGGAGGGGUCCUCUUUAGCCUGGAAGAGGUGAGCUACUACUUCCCCCUGAAGACCCUGUGGCGCUCCUUCUUCGCUGCCUUGGUGGCUGCUUUCACCCUGCGCUCCAUCAACCCCUUCGGCAACAGCCGCCUGGUGCUCUUCUACGUGGAGUUCCACACGCCGUGGCACCUCCUGGAGCUGGUACCCUUUGUGCUGCUCGGGAUCUUUGGGGGCCUCUGGGGAGCCUUCUUCAUACGCAGCAACAUUGCCUGGUGCCGCCGGCGCAAGACCACGCGCCUGGGCCGCUUCCCUGUAACGGAGGUGAUGGCGGUCACGGCCCUGACGGCCCUGCUGGCCUUCCCCAACGAAUACACCCGCAUGAGCACCAGUGAGCUCAUCUCUGAGCUCUUCAAUGACUGCAGCCUUCUGGAUGCCUCCCAGCUCUGCGACUACAGCAACGACUACAACAGCACCAAGGGCGGCAGCCUGCCCAACCGGGCCGCUGGCAGUGGGGUCCGCACCGCCAUGUGGAAGCUGGCCCUGGCCCUGCUCCUCAAGGCCUCCAUCACCAUCUUCACCUUUGGCAUGAAGGUGCCGUCGGGACUCUUCAUUCCCAGCAUGGCGGUGGGGGCCAUUGCGGGGCGGCUCCUAGGGGUCGGCGUGGAGCAGCUGGCCUACUUCCACCACGACUGGGGCAUCUUCAAGGGCUGGUGCAGCCCCGGCGCCGACUGCAUCACCCCCGGCCUCUAUGCCAUGGUUGGGGCGGCUGCCUGUCUAGGUGGCGUGACUCGCAUGACAGUCUCCCUGGUGGUCAUCAUGUUUGAGCUGACGGGGGGCCUGGAGUACAUCGUGCCCCUGAUGGCCGCUGCCAUGACCAGCAAGUGGGUAGCAGAUGCUAUUGGCCGGGAGGGCAUCUACGACGCCCACAUCCGCUUGAACGGCUACCCGUUCCUGGAGGCCAAGGAGGAGUUUUCCCACAAGACGCUGGCCAUGGACGUCAUGCGCCCCCGCCGCAGCGACCCGCCCCUGACCGUCCUCACCCAGGACAGCAUGGCUGUGGAGGACGCCGAAGCCCUGGUUGCAGAGACCACCUACAGCGGAUACCCGGUGGUAGUCUCACGCGAGUCCCAGCGCCUGGUGGGCUUUGUCCUCCGCAGGGACCUCAUCAUCUCCAUCGAAACCGCCCGGAAGAAGCAGGACGGGAUCGUGAGCACCUCCAUCAUUUACUUCACAGACCACUCCCCGCCGCUGCCCCCCAGCUCACCCUCCAGCCUCAAGCUCCGCAACAUCCUGGACCUCAGCCCCUUCACAGUCACAGAUCAGACGCCCAUGGAGAUCGUGGUGGACAUCUUCCGGAAGCUGGGCCUGCGCCAGGUCCUGGUCACGCACAACGGGAAGCUGCUGGGGAUCAUUACCAAAAAAGAUGUCUUGAAGCACAUUGCACAAAUGGCCAACCAGGACCCAGACUCCAUCCUCUUCAACUGAACGGGGCCACAAAGCACAGGCCUGGACUCCUCAAGGCUUGGACUCCAGAGACUUGUUUCUCUUGGCUGAGAAUCCGGAGCGGCCUUUACAGCGUUUUCCAUCUGGAGCUAAUGAUAAUCAUGUUUGUUUUUUUUCUACAAGAUAACGGAUUGCACUAUAUAAUCUGUGGGAAAUUAAUCUUCUCUUUAGAAGAAAAAGACCUUUAUUAUAUCGUUCUUUUGGAAGUUGGAUUGGGAAAGAGUCCACGAAGGAGUAAAAGAAGUGGUAUAAGUUGAAUAAUUUA